AUGGCUCUAGCAUUAGAAGACGCUCAAAGAAGCGGUGUUCAGCCUUCCACUAUCGGCACUUCAUCCACUUUGAAAGAUACUGAUCCCUCAAAACCUUCCCCUGCUUCAAGUAUCGGCAAGACAUUUGGGACUCCCAAGACAAACUGGAACAGUAAUAUCUGGGGCAACAACAGCUUGGGAGGUGGCUUUGGCGACCCAGCAAUUGACAAGGGUCAACGGAGAGUAGACCACAAAGGUCGUGACCCUAACCCUGAGCUUCCGAUCGAAGGCAAAACUGGAUCUGGAUCUCUGUUGUCAACUUCAGAGUCUGACGGUUGGUCAGGACGCAACAACUCACCUUGGGAUCUCUCCAAUUCAACGUCGCAACUACGUGGCCCGUUGGCCAAUCCUCCCAGACAAGUUCUGCAAAAUGAUCACAGUACUCCCAUGGGGAUAAGCAAUACGUCUGGUGUCACGUCGGCUUCAUCGGAUGAAGCUGGCCGCCGUCGUAUGAGUUGCGUUCCUCUGAAAAACAACCUGGGUGCAUCCUUCCCUCAUAAACAAGGUCUCUCCUUAUGUGACAUGGAUGCGCCAUUGUCUGAAAACGCCAUCAAUUCGCUAAAUCUCCAAUCUUUCUCUCCAAACGGUACCGAUCAAGCCCCUGGGUCAAAAGAGCAUUCGCCAUAUGGCCACUUUUCCCAUAGCUCAGUUUCGGUUGUUCCGCAGAGACCUGCUCACUCAGCUCACGCGUCCUUUCAUUCCGAUUCUCAUGGUGCUGGUCCCAGAUAUACCGGUAGUCAAAGUGAUCUAAUUUCUGGCGUGGGCAAACUUCAAAUGCAGGAUGAGGCCUACUACAACUUUAACCCCAACAUUUUAGCUCAGAGACCAUCCUACCACUCAAGCACCUCGUAUGAUCCAUCGUUGAACCACUUCCAAUCCUCCAACCUCAACUCCAACCUCAGCUCCCAUGGGGCUGGUGUUCUCGCACCUGAUGAUACAAUCGAUAUCCCAGCUAAGCACUCCUUUAAUGAGCUCCGCUUGACCGACAGAGGCCCUGCUUCACCACGUGUUAACGAUUUCGCCCGUAACGUGCAUAAUUUUUACUCCGCUGGAGGGACACCGAUACCUAAUGGCCAGUUCUGUACAUCUUCUGGAAGCCGACUUACUGGGCAAUUACCGGAUGGGCAAACAGAACUUCUGGAGCGAAAGCUUUGCGGCUUACAACAAGAACAGCAAGAUUACUUAAAGUCCGCAACAAACCCAAUCCCUGGGCGACAUCCUCUUUCCCACGGCUAUAGGUUUUCGGGAUCUCCAGGAGUUUCCAGGGUGAACGCGCUUUCCAACUAUUAUCCUGUGACAUCUUUCGGUGGAUUAGGGUCUUCGUCCAUCUUGCCUCUUAACUUUCAUCGCGAGCAGGAUCCGAUUCAAGUCGUUCGCAGUCCCCUCCUUGAAGAGUUUAGAACGAAUAGCAAAAAUAACAAACGAUACGAGCUCAAGGAUAUCUAUAACCAUAUUGUGGAGUUCAGUGGUGAUCAGCAUGGUUCGCGGUUCAUCCAACACAUGUUGGAAUCCGCAAAUAGCGACGAGAAGGACCAAGUCUUCCGCGAAAUCCAGCCCAACUGUCUUCAACUUAUGACGGAUGUCUUUGGUAACUAUGUCGUUCAGAAGCUUUUCGAGCACGGAAAUCAGUCGCAGAAGAAGAUACUGGCAAAUCAAAUGAAAGGUCACAUCCUUGCACUAUCGACGCAAAUGUAUGGGUGUCGUGUUGUUCAGAAGGCUUUAGAACAUAUCCUCACCGACCAGCAAGCAUCGAUGGUGAAGGAGCUUGAAAACCACGUUUUGAAAUGUGUUAAAGAUCAGAAUGGGAAUCACGUCAUUCAGAAAGCAGUUGAAAGGGUGCCCAGUGUUCAUAUUCAGUUCAUCAUCAAUGCCUUUAAGGGACAAGUUCACAGAUUGGCAGCACACCCCUACGGUUGUAGGGUCAUCCAACGAAUGUUGGAACACUGCACAGAGCCAGAUCGCAGGGCUAUCCUUGAAGAACUCCAUGCAUGCACGUCCAGUCUUAUCCCAGAUCAAUUUGGUAAUUACGUCAUCCAGCACGUCAUCGGAAAUGGUGAGGAACAUGACAAGGCUAGGAUCAUAUCCAUCGUUAUCUCACAGCUGCUCGUGUUCUCGAAGCACAAAUUUGCCAGUAACGUGGUUGAGAAAAGUAUUGAAUUUGGUGCAGAUGACCAGCGAGCUGAAAUUCUACGUCAAUUGACAACGCCAAAUGAUCGAGGAGAAAGCCCACUCCUAGGCCUCAUGAGGGAUCAAUACGGGAAUUAUGUCAUUCAGAAAGUUCUCGGUCAACUCAACGGGCUAGAGCGUGAGGCUCUUGUCAAGAAAAUUGAGCCACAACUGACUCAGCUUAAGAAAUUCAGCUAUGGAAAACAGAUCGCCGCCAUCGAGAAGCUCAUCUAUGAUUCUCACACCACAGACGGCCAUAGUGAUAGCCUUUCCACCCAUCGCAAGACAAGUUCCCGUCUCUCUCUAAGUGAAUUGAAUACCUCUCCGUCCAGUACUGAUGACAGUGGAACACCUACAUCCCCUUCCCUGGGGACUCAAAGCUCCCGAUCAAGCUCUCUUCCAAGCACAACCACUAGCGAUGUCGAAGGCUCCAUGGACCAACGAAAGCAAAACAUUGUUUUCUCCGCUGUCACUACUCCAAUGUCGGAGUGCAAUGAAGGAUUAAAAGUUCCUGCACUCGAGAACCCAGAUCUCAAGUUUGCACAUUAG